CUCAUGUGAGUGUGUAUCCAAAAUCGGUGAGAAACGCUUGAUAAAUACAUGCAAGUGAUGAUGAAAGUGCAUUUCACUACAAUUUUUCUUAUAUGCAUCGAGCAAUUUACUAAGGCCAUUGCCCAAGGCAUGCCGAUCAGUCCGUGCCCAAAGGUCUUUCAGUACAGAUAUGAUGGUAGUGAAUGGUUCGGUUUAACUGCCAUACGAAAUCCAGAUGUACAGGCUCUACAGAUUCGCGUAACGCUCUCCAUGCGGGGCAAGCCAACGACGAAUUAUCUUGGCGAAAUUGAGUUGCUGACUCGUGGACAGUUUGCAAGCAAUGCGCCAGUGCUUUACAAGAUUCGAUUUCCAAAACAUAACUUUCCUCCCAAAUUAGUGCUUAUUUCGGCUAACAAUCAAGUUAUUUGUGUCGGUUCUGGCGAUCACAGCAUUUUUAUGACUCAAAUUCAGCUAGAGCAUACACGAAAACUUACUUUUAUACCAGAUAAAAAAUCAUCGGGUGUAAUGGUGGCUCCAGGCGGUGCAGAUUUCGGAAUGGUAGUUGGUAAGGAGUUGCCAGCAAAUAAUGAGUUCGGCUCUAAGCCCCUGCCGCACAUCCGGUUCAAGAAAAAACCAUUUCAUUCACCUGGAGAAAUCUGUGGUAAGAUUAAUAAAAGUCUUGGCUUUCGAUUGCCUCAACAAAGGCAACGUAAAAUAACGUCUAACCUUUCAUCAACUUCACAAGGACGGGUCACUACCAAUAAUAGGUUUGGAUUGAGUGCUGAUCACGCUGAUCAAUCGCCAGUUUUUGGGUCUAAUAGUGACUACGACAACGAUGGUAGCGUCACUGUCCUGGAUGAGAUGGAAGAGGAUGGGUUCGACUCAGAUGUCACGUUUACUUUUGUGGAUGGGCAAAAUACCACGACUGGCAACAGCAUGCCUUCAAUAACUCGCGGUGCUUGGCCCUGGUUGGCGGCGAUUUACGUAAAUAAUCUUACAUCACUGAACUUUCAGUGCGGUGGCACGCUCAUCUCUGCGCGGGUGGUUAUAAGCUCAGCACACUGUUUUCAAAUGUUCAACCAGCGUUACACGGCCAACGAAGUGCUUGUCUUUUUAGGCAGACACAAUCUCAAGAACUGGAAUGAGGAUGGCUCCUUAGCAGCGCCUGUCGAUGGUAUAUAUAUACACUCUGAUUACAACAAACAGCUGAGUAGCUACGACGCGGACAUAGCUGUCAUUAUUCUCAAGGAUGAAGUGCGUUUCAACACAUUUAUACAGCCAGUGUGUCUGUGGUCGGGCUCCAGCAAAACGGAAUACAUAGUUGGCGAGAAUGGUAUUGUCAUUGGCUGGAGUUUCGAUAGAUCAAAUUUAACGAAAUUUUCAAAGGAUUCAUCGUCCACAUUUGUACCUGGAGACGGUGCUGCGUCCUAUGCGAGUAACAGUAUACCAACAGUAGUAAGAGCACCAAUAGUUUCCAAUGAGGUGUGUUUUAAGGCCAAUGCACACUUCCGCAGCCUUUCGUCGAACCGCACAUUCUGCGCAGGGUUCUUGGUCGACAUCCACAAAGAUGGUGGCCGCGCUGGUGUUAGCAUAUAUACGGGCAUUUCUGGCGCUGGGCUUAUGAUAUUAAAGAACAAUCGUUGGAUGUUGCGAGGGACCGUUUCCGCCGCUUUGCCCGCUGAUCCCAGAGGGUCGCUGAGGAACGAUUCUGCUCUCUGUUGUACUAGUCAAUAUGUCAUCUAUGCCGACGUGGCAAAGUUUAUUGAUUGGAUUAUGGCCUUUAUAAUAUAAUUUGUGGAGUUACUUUUAUGUAAUGUGAUAUGCCACCAUUCAGAUGCUAAAUGAAUUUGAAGUAAAUAACUGCUGUGAUAACCGUUGAAUAGGUUAAGAUAUAAUUUAAGAUAUGAUCACGUUUCACGUGCAGGCAGAUCAGAGCUACCUUAAA